AUGCAACAGCUUCAUCUUUCCCAGCUUUUCAAACCCAAGCCUUUGACAUAUCCUAAAGUUAAUGGUACAGCACAUUUUCUUGGACAUAAAACCCAUCUUCAACCUAGUAUUUCAAGUUAUAAGACCACUUUAGUUUCUUUGUUCAUAACCAAUGGCCUCAAUCUUCCUCUCAUCACAAACUCAGCAACUUGUAGUGCAAGAGAAUGCCCUACACUCUCAGCUGAGGAUGAUUCAGAUAUUGUUAACAACUUCAGCAUGAAUAAGAAUCAGAGUCCUAUUGAGGUUUCUGAUGAAAGUGCCAAGGGAAAGAGCUUUUGGGGUGCCGUUGGUUUGAUCAUUGGUGCUGCUGUGGGCCCUGGAAUGUUGGGCUUGCCUUCUUUGACCAUAAAAUCAGGCCCAUUUCCUUCAACAAUCAUAAUUUUCAUAUCAUGGCUCUAUGUCAUCUCAUCAAUAAUCAUUGUUGCUGAACUUUGCUUUGAUGCAAUGGAAGAAGAUGGUGUUGAAGAGGUGAGCUUCACAAGCCUUGCAACAAGGACAUUGGGACGUGGUUUUGGUGCAUUUGUUGCUGUAGUUUACUCCAGUUUGUGUUUUUCCUUGCUUGUGGCCUGUGUUGCUGGUAUUGGAUCAAUUUUCUCUCCAUGGUUUCAAGGGGUGAAUGCGUUUAUUGUUCAUUCCUUGUUUCCUCUUCUUUUAGGAAUAUUGAUUGUUUUUUUCCCAUUUAAGACUAUUGAUGUUGCAAACAGAUUUCUAUGCUUCCUUAUGCUAUUCUCCAUAACUGGAUUGGUUGCUAUAGGAAUAUCUGUGGCAAGAGUCAACAUAAUAAGCUCAUUUGCUUUAGCCUCAUGGAAACUUUCAUCAAUACUUCCUAUUAUACCUGUGGCUGUGCUCACAAUGGGAUUUCAUGUAAUCACUCCUUUUAUAUGCAAGGUUGCUGGGAAAACUGUAGAUGAUGCUAGGAAAGCAAUACUAAUUGGUGGGGCUGUUCCUUUGGUCAUGGUUUUGUCAUGGAACUUGAUUGUGUUGGGGCUUGUAGGGACUAAUAACAACACAACCACCACCUCUGGUGACCCUAUAUCCCUUUUGCUUUCUGUGAAUCCAUCAGCUGUAUCUGCAGUUCAAGGCUUUGCCUUCUCUGCUAUGGCAACUAGCUUGGUAGGAUAUGCUGUGAGCCUUCCCAAACAGCUUCUUGACACUUUGGAGUUGGUAUCAGGAAAAGCCAAAGCUUGUGAUGAGCAUGGCAGUGGAAGAGUUGGACUGGCCUCUUACUCAGGAGGGUCUAGUGUUGGUAAUUCUGGGAAGGUUUGCUUCGUAGGUUCAAGAAAUGAGACAAUAACAGGAUCUAAAAUGAGAUCAAAUGAGCCAACAUUUAAAGUCCUUGUGACACUACUAGUCCUUGUUUUCUCAGUGCUGAUAGCUUCAUUUUUACGCUCUACAUUUUCAAGGGCUCUUGAUUUUGCUGGUGUCUAUGCCAAUUGCUUUUUGUUUGGCAUUAUUCCUCCUGUGAUGGCUUACAUUCAACAAUCCAAGAAGAAAAUCCGGUCGUCCAUCAUUCCAGGUGGAAAUGGGACACUUCUACUACUUUUCAUUAUCUCUGUCAUUUUGGGAAUUUGGCAUUGA